CGUGGGACUUUUAUUUUGAGAAUUUUCGAAAUUCCGUGACACUGAAGUACUUUUUUAGUGUUGCUGACGAGACGCUGAUCCCAGCCGCACAGUCAGUGGCUACUGAAGAAGGUGUCUCGUCCUCUGUAAAAGCCAGCUCUUAUAAGUUCCCUCCACCCAGGCAGCUAGAUGAGUCAGCGGAAGGAGCGCCGCGGGAUCCACGUGGACCAGUCAGAGCUGCACUGCAACAAGGGCUGCGGUUACUAUGGCAAUGCCGCCUGGCAGGGCCUGUGCUCCAAGUGCUGGCGGGAGGAGUACCAGCGGGCCCGGCAGAAGCAGAUCCAGGAGGACUGGGCCCUAGCUGAGAAGCUGCAGAGGGAGGAGGAGGUUGCCUAUGCCAGCAUCCAGGGGGCCCAGUCCCAGCCCCAGGCACAACCCCAGGCCUCUCUGGCGCCCUUCUCCAAGUUCGAGGAGAAAAAGACCAAUGAGAAGACACGCAAGGUGACCACUGUGAAGAAGUUCUUUAGUCCCUCGUCACGGACAGCCCCCAAGAAAGCCCCCACUGUGGGAGAGGAGAAGCUGACAGGCCUCAGGGACUGGAGAGGAAUGUUUACUCCCCCUUGGGAAAUGGGCUCUCCCACCGAAGCACUGGUGGCAAGACUCAGAGAGAACCAGGAGGGCAAGACCCCCAGCCCCUCCAUCAGCCGCCAAUCAAGCAUUGAGACAGACCGUGUCUCCAGAGACUUUGUGGACUUCCUGAAGACUCUGCAUAAGCCUGGCCGUGAGGUCCACAAGCAGAGCCGAGCCUUCAUCGAGAUCAUGGCCAACAAAAAGGACUUGAGUGCUGACGAGCUGUCAGAGUGUGUCCAAGACUUCUACCAGAAUUUGUCUGACCGCCUCAUGACUCAUUUUAAAGGCUCUUCAGAGCGUGUGGAGCGAGUGAUGGACGAGGUGGAGAAGUACAUUAUGACACGCCUGUAUAAGAGUGUCUUCUGCCCCGAGACCACAGACGAUGAGGAGAAAGACCUGGCCACUCAGAACCGGAUACGGGCGUUACACUGGGUGGACAUUCAGAUGCUUUGUGUGCCAGUGGAUGAAGAGAUCCCAGAGGUUUCAGACAAUGUGGUCAAAGCCAUAACAGAUGUCAUCGAGAUGGACUCCAAGCGGGUACCCCGGGACAAGCUAGCGUGCAUCACGCGCUGCAGCAAGCACAUCUUCAGCGCCAUCAAGAUCACGAAGAGUGAGCCAGCCUCGGCCGACGACUUCCUGCCCACCCUGAUCUACAUCGUGCUGAAGGCCAACCCUCCACGCCUGCAAUCCAACAUCCAGUACAUCACCCGCUUCUGCAACCCCAGCAGGCUCAUGACUGGAGAGGACGGAUACUACUUCACUAACCUGUGCUGUGCAGUUGCCUUCAUCGAGAAACUGGACGCCCAGUCUCUCAACUUGGACCCAGAGGACUUUGAACGCUACAUGUCGGGCCAGGCCUCUCCUCGCAGGCCUGAGGCAGACAGCGGCUGGCCCCAGGUGGACCCUCCUACUGGUUCUGCUGCCUCCAGUCCCGCCCUAUCCCAGGUCUACCAGAACCUGGACCUCCUGUCUGGCCUGGGGAGCAGACAGGACAGGGUUCUGGAGGGGGUGCAGAGCCUGCAGAGAGACCUGAUCACCUGGCAGGAGAGUGUGGAGCGAGAGGUGCAGGAGAUCCUGGAGAAGUACCCGCUGGAGAUCCGCCUGCCCACCCCCUCCGCCAUUGACUCAGACAACGUGGAAAACGACCGGCUUCCACCACCACUGACGCCCCAGGUGUUUGCUGGGUAAUGUCUCUGCAGAAUCGGAGGCAACAAAGGGCUUCUUGAGCAAAUGACUGCGCCUCUCUAAUGUCUUGAGACGUCAUUGGCUCUUCACUUUGGUGAGGUUCAGGAAGUGGCAGCCCCCUCCUGUCUCCACUGCUACGCUUUUAAACAUUCUCACAUACUGUAAGCUUUGGUCCAUUUUGGCCCCUAGACCCUUUUCUGAUAGCAUUCACAGAUCUUACUAUCUCAGCCUGGUUAAAUUAAGCAUUAAUAGAUCAAAAGGAUGGACUAAGUUUGAGGAAAAGGGUUUAGGGACUGAAAUGAAGCCAAGCCAAAACAAUGCUCCUGCAUACACAUACUCCUUUUAGACCAGACCUCUUCAGAUGGCCUCACACUAUGUAUGGCGGAGUUGGCAUUCGGCCCUAGUCCGUAAUCCUCUACAACCACGCUGCACAGACCCAGGCGGCACAUCUUGAUACUGUAAGAUUACUUCUCCAGCUUGUAGUGCCGAAAGGGGUAUGUAUUUUUAGAUGGCUGCUGCUGAAUUUGGGAAACGCUGACUUCUGCAUCUUGCAGUAUGCACUCUGCAGAAUUGUAUAAUCUGCUUGCAUGUGCUUUGCUCCUAUCCUUCUUGAGUCUCCAGCGAGGGACCAGGGUGCAGGCUAAUUGUGCGCAAUGGGGGGAAAAGGGAUGUGUUUCAUCCAAAACCAAAGGUCUUAAGCUGGUUCUUAUGUGAUUAUACCCCAAUGAGUGGUCUCAACUAAUAUUUGUAAUGGUAAUAUAGAGCGCUUAAUCAUCAGAAAAGUAUGAAUUAGGUAGGUAAGGUUAUUUUAACUUCUCUCAUUAAUUUUAUAUCUCAACUAUGUGUCAGUAUAAGAGCCCUUACUGUAAGGACCUUUUUCCUGAUGAUGUGAUCUGACCAGGAAAACUCCUGUUACUCUCAUGUAGGAUGCCCAUGAGGCAUAGUAAUGCUGAAGCAUGCUUCUUAUUAUACCAUGGAAUCGCAGGGCAAUAUUUUUUUUAAAUAAUUGAACCAUGGUGCUGAUGCUGUAAACUACAAUGUGUACUACAAUAGGGAAAUGAUCCUGUAUGUUCCUAAAUGAACAAUGUAUUAAAAGGGAAUUUAUUCUCCCAGGUACAUAAUAUGUAUUGGUUGGGGAUAACAAUAUUAUUGGGGGGCAGUGUAAGAAGUUAGCUUUUUAACACGUUAAUGUUGGAUAAACAAUUACUACCUAUGGUAUUGUAAGGCAAAGCACAUACAGUGGGGCAAAAAAAUAUUUAGUCAGCCACGAAUUGUGCAAGUUCUCCCACUUAAAAAGAUGAGAGGCCUGUAAUUUAUCAUAGGUACACUUCAACU